AUGAAAAUUAUUUUAGGCAGGAGUCUUUUGAAUUGGAUAGUAAUAUACUUUCUAUUACUCUAUGUUACCCAAGCUUAUCAAGCUGGAGAUUUGGUAACUUUGAAUAUGAACCGUAUUUGGACUUAUAAUAAUGUAGUGGGCCCUAUUUUUUCGUUUUAUAAUAAACUACCUUUAUGCAGUAGCAAUAAGGAUUUAUUUUCCUUAUCUCUUAGUCAAAUACUAAGAGGAGAUGAACUAAUAGAUAUUCCAAUAUAUUUCUUACAAAAUCAAACAGAUCAGACAAUUUGUACGCGAUAUAUUGCAUAUGAUGAUGUAAUCCGUUUAAAAAGUGCUAUUUCUGAUCGUGUUAUAUUUGAAAUGAUUAUAGAUGACAUGGCAGUAGCUAAGCCUUUAGGAAUUCAAGAUCCUAACAAUAACCAUUCAAUAUUAAUUAAUGGAUAUGAUAUAAAGUUAGGAUAUAAAGGUAAUUCAAUUGUAUCAAUUGAUAUGUCAACUAAGAAGAUCCACACUUUAGAUCUAGAUGAGAUCCUAGGAUCUCCAAAUAUUAAUCCAAUACCUUUAAAUAUGUAUUAUAGCAUUCAAUGGAUUGAUGUGAGUAUGAACAGUGAAUAUAACAAUAAUUUAGAUUAUAAUAAGAUUCAGAAGACUAUGAGUAUAUCAAAUGUUAGGUGGUUGGGUAUAUUUAAUAGUAUGAUUUUGGUUAUUCUAAUUCUAACCAUGCUAAUAUUAAUAUUUAUGCAAGUUUUAAAAUCUGACUUUUCGCGUUAUUUUCCUAUAGGAGAUGAUGAUAUGAAUAUUUCUUUAGAUGAUGACCCAAUUGAAAUGAAGGGUUGGAAAUUGUUACAUGGAGAUAUAUUUAGACCACCUAAAUAUAGGAUGGUAUUAUCAUCUUGUAUUGGGUCUGGGAUCCAGAUUUUAGUAGUAAUUUUAGUUGUUGGUAUUACGAAAAAUUUGUCAUUAUUAAGUUACAAUAGGAAGUAUUCUCCAACUUUUAAAACAUUUGUAUAUUUAUACUCAAUUUGCUCGUUCAUAUCUGGUUAUGUAUCAUCUUUUAUAUACUCCUCUAUGGAGGGGAAGAAAUGGAAAUUAAAUAUGAUUUUGACCACUUUAAUAUAUCCAAUCCCAUUAUUCACUACUUAUUGGAUGAUAAAUAUAAUUACUUUACAAGAAAUCUCUUUUAUCUUUGCAAUUCUCAAAACAUUUAUAUUUUCAACUGUAUUCAUAUCAUUUCCUUUAUGUUUAAUUGGAGCAUCUUUUGGUAAGAACAAGGCCCAGAAAUCAUUUAAAUUUCCUUGUAAAACUAACAGACUACCCAGACAAAUUCCUAAACAAAAGUGGUGGAAUUCUUCAAAAUUUCAUAUACUUGUCUCUGGAGUUAUCCCCUUUUCUGCUAUAUACAUUGAGUUACAUUAUAUAUUUACAGCUUUUUGGCAUUAUACACCAUUUCAUUAUUACAAUACUAGCCUCUUAUAUAUAAGCAUUGUCUUAUUAUUAGCUGUGGGAACUAUAUCAUCACUUAUUUCUUUAUAUAUGCACCUCAAUUUAGAAAAUUACAAAUGGUGGUGGUUUUCUUAUUUUUCUGGAGCUUCUCCUUGUUUAUAUUUUCUAUUUUUAUGCUUAUAUUAUUAUUUGGAUUAUGCAAACAAAAUAUUUGGGUCUGUACAAUUUCACUUGUUUAUCCUAUCAAGCCUCAUGACUACCUUUACUCUAGCUCUUUGCACUGCAAGUAUCACCUUUAUAUCAUCCUAUUUAUUCAUAUAUAACAUCUAUAAACGAAUAAAGUCUGACUAA